UCAAUUUAACGGAGUCCGGUGCAGCUGAAAACUCGUUAGAACUACCGGUUGGACACCGAACUACCGUUUCUGCUCGGAGACAGUUGACACCGCGGACCACCGGGAACGGGACGCUUCACCCGGGAGACUGAAACGGUUUUUGCGCGAGCGGUUUACUUUGGUGUGUGCACCAGCGCUGAUGGAGGCGCUCUGAGGCUGACGGUGAAAGUCCUCCUCCUCUUCCUCCUCCUCCUCUUCCCGUGAAGGCCGCCCAGAUGUUUUCUGUUGGUCAGGAAAGCAUCUCCACCUCCCCCGCCUCCACCAAAGGACCGGUGAAAUAUGGAGAGCUCAUCGUGCUCGGGUGCAACGGCUCGCUGCCCGACGGCGACAAGGGGAGGAAGAAGAGCCGCUUCGCUCUGUGUCGCCGGAACAAGGCCAACGGCGUGAAGGCGAGCACUGUCCACCCGUCCUGCACGCCGCAGGCCGCCAAGGCCGUCAGCAACAAGGAGCAGCACAGCAUCUCAUACACUCUGUCCCGGGCACAGACGGUGGUGGUGGAGUACAACCAAGACGACCACACGGACAUGUUCCAGAUCGGCCGCUCCACAGAGACUCCCAUCGACUUCGUGGUGACGGACACGCUGCCCGGGGGCCACGCCCACGCCGACGGCCAAGCGGCCCAGAGCACCAUCUCCCGCUUCGCCUGCCGCAUCAUCUGCCAAAGGGAUCCUCCCUACGGCGCCAAGAUCUACGCCGCGGGCUUCGACUCCUCCAAGAACAUCUUCCUCGGGGAGAAAGCCGCCAAGUGGCGGACGCAGGACGGUCAGAUGGACGGACUGACCACCAACGGCGUGCUGGUGAUGAACCCGCGCCACGGCUUCAGCCAGGGCUCCAGGCCCGGCCUGUGGAGGGAGAUGUCCGUCUGCGGCGACGUCUUCACGCUGCGGGAAACCAGGUCGUCUCCGCAGAGGGGCAAGAUGGUGGAGCCCGAGUCCAACGAGCUGGUGGACGGCUCCCUCGUGGACCUCUGCGGCGCCACCUUGCUGUGGCGGACGGCGGAGGGCCUGGCGCACACGCCCACCGUCAAACACCUGGAGGCGCUGCGGCAGGAGCUGAACGCCGGGCGGCCGCAGUGCCCCGUGGGCCUCAACACGCUGGCGUUCCCCAGCCUGCGGCGCAAGGACGUGGUGGACGAGCGGCGGCCCUGGGCCUACCUGCGCUGCGGCCACGUGCACGGCUACCACGGCUGGGGCGGCCGCCGCCACCCCGAGGUGGAGGCGGCGUGCCCGGAGCGGGAGUGCCCCAUGUGCCGGACGCGGGGCCCCUACAAGCCGCUGUGGCUGGGCUGCGAGGCGGGCUUCUGCGUGGACGCCGAGCCGCCGACGCACGCCUUCGUGCCCUGCGGCCACGUCGGCUCGGAGAAGACGACGGCCUUCUGGAGCCGCAUCCCGCUGCCGCGCGGCACGCACACCUUCCACGCCGCGUGCCCGUUCUGCAUCGAGCCGCUGGGCGCCGAGGCCGGCUGCGUCCGACUCAUCUUCCAGAGCCCGCUGGACUAGAAGGACCAUAGACUUACUCAAGAAUAUGUAUAUAUAUAUAAAUAUAUAUAUGAAG